GUCAAAGCGAUAACAGCUUAGAUUUAAUUAUUUAACUUCUUAUAUGAGAUGCGUGACGUCAUCAUCUGAUCUCCCCCAACUCAUGACCUAAAUACCUAACCUUAUAUCCUCCUCAGAAUCGUACACUACAAAACACCAUGUAAAACCUUCACCAAAUGGUAUUUACCAUAUUCCUAACUACAUUAAAUCUUCCUACAGCUGAACAUAUCCUCACAACUUCAAAUCAUGUCUAAUCUAUCUAAUACAAUGCUAACCCCAACACCCAAUUCCAUCCGCGCCCUCCAAGCCAUCAGCAUAGCACUCCUCACCACUACCGCCGGAGCUAGCGCAAGCCUCUCCAUCUUCCUAGUCCCGCGGCUCAUGGAGUCCCCCACACCCCUCAUGGUAGGACAAUUCCUGCGCACUAUGUCCUCCGCCCGGCGACGAUUGACGAUCCCGCUAAUACUUCCGGGCAUCCUGCACGCGUACCUAGCAUACCUAGUACCUGGAAAGGCGCGCGUGUACGCUAUUGCGGCUACUCUGACACUCAGCACGUUGCCGUGGACGCAUUUCGCGAUUACCCCGCUGAACCGUGAGAUGGAGGAGAGGAUUAUGAUUCUGGAUGCGGAGUCCGAGACCGCGCACCAGUUGGUGGAUUCGUGGGCUACGCGGAAUCUGUAUAGACCUGUUGUGAAUCUUGCGGCUGGUAUCCUUGGGUUGUAUGCUGCCAUGUGGUAAGGGGGGUGAUAGCAUGACUUUGGCUUUGGCACCAAACUCCUAGAAAAUUAGGAAUAACGGCGUUAAAUUUGACGGUUUUAUUGACUCGAGGCGA